GAGCCUUCGCCAAGCAGCUCUUCCUGGGCAAAAUCGAGAAGAAAGAAGUUUUCCCGUUUCCUGAAGUUAGCCAAGAUGAACUUAAUGAAAUCAAUCAGUUUGUGGGACCUGUAGAAAAAUUCUUCACUGAAGAAGUGGACUCUCGAAAAAUUGACCGGGAUGGAAAAAUCCCAAAUGAAACUUUAGAAGGAUUGAAGAACCUGGGGCUUUUUGGGAUGCAAGUCCCAGAAGAAUAUGGUGGCCUGGGCCUCUCCAACACCAUGUAUGCGCGGCUCGGAGAGAUCAUCAGCUUGGACGGGUCGAUCACCGUGAUGCUGGCCGCACACCAGGCUAUUGGCCUCAAGGGGAUCAUCCUGGCCGGCAGUGAGGAGCAGAAGGCCAAAUACCUGCCCAAGCUGGCACGUGGGGAGCACAUCGCCGCCUUCUGCCUGACGGAACCGGCCAGUGGGAGUGACGCGGCCUCCAUCAGCUCCAGGGCCACGCUGAGUGAAGACAAGAAGCACUACGUCCUCAACGGCUCCAAGGUCUGGAUCACCAAUGGAGGACUGGCCAAUAUCUUCACGGUGUUUGCGAAAACCAAGAUCAAAGAUUCCGACGGCUCUGAAAAAGACAAAAUCACGGCAUUCAUCGUAGAAAGGGACUUUGGCGGAGUCACCAACGGGAAGCCUGAGGAUAAGCUUGGCAUCCGCGGCUCCAACACCUGUGAGGUCCAUUUUGAAAACACCAAGGUGCCUGUCGAAAACGUCCUUGGAGAGGUCGGGGGCGGGUUUAAGGUGGCCAUGAACAUCCUCAACAGCGGGCGCUUCAGCAUGGGCACCGCCGUGGCCGGCAUGCUGAAGAAAAUCAUCGAAAUGACCGCCGAGUAUGCCUGCACGAGGAAGCAGUUCAACAAGAACCUCAGUGAAUUCGGACUGAUUCAGGAAAAGUUUGCCCUGAUGGCCCAGAAGACUUACGUCAUGGAAAGCAUGGCCUACCUCACGGCGGGGAUGCUGGACCAGCCUGGCUUUCCCGACUGCUCCAUUGAGGCCGCCAUGGUGAAGGUGUUCAGCUCAGAGGCGGCCUGGCAGUGCGUGAGCGAGGCGCUGCAGAUCCUGGGGGGCUCCGGCUACAUGAAGGACUACCCGUAUGAACGCAUGCUGCGCGACGCCCGCAUCUUGCUCAUCUUUGAGGGAACCAACGAGAUUCUCCGGAUGUAUAUCGCCCUGACAGGCCUGCAGCAUGCUGGACGCAUCCUGACUGCGAGGGUCAAGGAGCUCAAGCGGGGCAACGUGACCACUGUCCUGGAGACGGUUGGCCAGAGACUUCGGGACACCCUGGGCCGCAGUGUGGAUAUGGGGCUGACAGGGAAUCUUGGAGUCGUGCAUCCCAGUGUCGGGGACAGUGCCGGCAAGCUUGAGGAAAACGUGUACUACUUUGGCCGCACGGUGGAGACGCUGCUGAUCCGCUUUGGCAAGACCAUCGUGGAGGAGCAGAUGGUUCUGAAGCGAGUGGCCAACAUCCUGAUCAACCUGUACGCCAUGACGGCCGUGCUGUCCCGGGCCAGCCGCUCCAUCCGCACGGGGCUGCGCAACCACGACCACGAGGUUCUGUUGGCCAACACCUUCUGCACAGAAGCUUAUUAUCAGAACCUCUUCACCCUGUCUCAGCUGGACAAGUAUGCUCCAGAAAAUCUCGACGAGCAGAUUAAGAAGGUGUCCCAGCAGGUGCUGGAAAAGCGAACCUACAUCUGCGCCCACCCCCUGGACAGGACGUCCUGAGCGGAGGGACGCCCUCCCGGUGCCAGACGCCUUUUCCAAGGUGGAGAGCUUGAGUUUCUACAGCCAGGCCCAGGCUUUCUCCGCAGCUUUGCCAUGCAGGCGCGGCUGCCUGACAGGCCUCUGGGAUCUGAAGGGACAGAGUGAAACUGCUCCUCCAGCGGGCAGCACAGAGCCCCUGGCCAGCUUUUUUUCUAUUAGACCACGUGUUUUCCAGGAAACACGCUAGGAGCAAACUGUACUUUUGAAACACUUAACAAAAGCUCUAAGACAGUA